UGUGUUUGUUCCACCAGAAAGAACACAUCGCUCUUAACUUAAUAGUACGCUUUAUUCAGUACAUUUGAGACUACGCACCGUGCAAGUUGGUCUUCGGGUGGAAAGUGAUUUUUUUUAUUUCUUUGCCACACAAAGCCUUGUACCACAUUUCUUUGCCAAUGUAGCAGAAAAGACAGUGAAAAUAUUUUAGUCAUUCCUAAGUAAUAUUUUAAUGUGAUCUGAUUACGAUUAGGCCAAGUUUAAGUGUGUAAUAUUUUUGCAAGGUGCAUCAGGUGAAUGAAGAAUGCCAUUUAUCAUUUUAAAUUCUUCAGUAAAUUUUCUAAGAUAGCUAAAGACGAAGCAUAUAAGACAAUAAUUUAAAAUCUUAGUACUAUGUCCGAUACUGUGGAAGAGGUUUUACUUUUUCAUUAAAACUGUGAUUAGAUAAAACGAAAAAAUGUUGCCGUCACACUCAGGCUCGGUCAGUGAUGUGAUGUUAACGACUGUAACUGAAGAAGCAGCAAUGAUGGAUAAUUCUGGGCAAUCAGAUGUUUCCAAGAAAGACCUGCAGGAGGAAUGUUCGUCACCUGUUAGGAAAAAGAGCUUAGCAGACAGAAGACCAGUUGGUCUACGACUUCAACCACUAUCACCAUCGCCAAGUGAUUCUGAAUGCCUCACAGAUUCAACCACGAAGAGAGACGUUAAACCAUUAGAUUUGGGAUUUAGAAACAUGAAACACACCGUCAAAACAGGAUUAGUUAAGCGAGAAGAUAAAGUCAUACUCGACGAUAUAAAUGGGGAUUUUAGAGCCGGGGAAUUAACAGCAAUUAUGGGGCCAUCGGGAGCAGGCAAAAGUACUUUAAUGGAUAUCUUGGCUGGUUACACAACUACCAAUGUUUAUGGAAAAGUGACUGUGAAUGGCAGAGAGAGGGAUAUUAGACGCUUUCGAAGACAAACGGCAUACAUAAUGCAAGAUCAUAAUCUUCAGCCUGUCCUCACAGUGUGGGAAGCAAUGCAUUUCUCAGCAAAUCUCAAGAUAGGAAGUGAAUUGAGCAAAACCAAAAAAUUAGUUAGAAUUAGACAAAUAUUGGAGGCAAUAGCUCUGUACGAAGUCCGCAAAACAAGAACAGUGAAAUUGUCAGGAGGUCAGAAGAAACGUUUAGCCAUAGCCUUAGAACUUGUCAAUAAUCCACCAAUUAUGUUUUUCGAUGAACCCACAAGUGGUCUCGAUAGUUCAACAUCGACUCAGUGUGUGUCCAUUUUAAAGCAACUUGCACAGGAAGGACGUACCAUCAUUUGCACAAUUCACCAGCCAUCGGCUCUAGUCUUUCGGAUGUUCGAUCACCUGUACGCGAUCGCUGAAGGGAAAUGUAUUUACACGGGCAGUGUGCAGAAUGUUGUGCCCUUUUUGAUGGAAUUGGACCUCAAAUGUCCCGAAUUUCACAAUCCGUCCGACUAUUUGCUGGAAAUAUCAACUCAUGAUUAUGGAAUGCAGAAUGAUCGGCUAGUGGCGAAAUCUCAGAAUGGUAUGUGCUGCACGUAUCGAAGUUAUAAGUCAAGGAAUUCAUCACAAAUUGCAGCAAUGACCAAAGUCGAACAAAUGAUGUCAAAUGGUUUGAUAACACCAGUGCGAGCACCUAGCAUAGGCCAUUCAUCGAAAGUGCCUCAAACUCCUGUGAUGGAAUUAAUGCAAUUGAAACCAAAGAAAGCAGGAUUGAAGAUUAGUCCCAGCAAAUGCUGCAAACGCGACGAUCGCUAUCCUACAACGUUUUUACGGCAGUUCUACAUUAUCCUCUUGAGAACGUUUUUGAUCUUGUGGCGGGAUAGAUCGCUGACAGCAAUGAGAGUAUGCAUCCACCUGUUUGUUGCCCCAAUCAUUGGAUUGCUGUACUUUGGAAUCGGAAAUGACGGAUAUCACACGUACAAUAACUACAAAUAUGCAUUCUUCUCCAUAAUGUUCCUCAUGUACACCGCUUUCAGCUCCAUCAUUCUUGUUUUUCCUCUGGAGCUACCAAUUAUCAAGAGGGAACAUUUCAACAGAUGGUACUCACUAAAGGCAUACUACGUAGCAAUGACCCUCGCAGACGUCCCUGUCCAAGUCGUCUGCGUAUUUCUCUACACCUUGAUAACGUACUUGAUGACGGGCCAACCUUUGGAGAUUCAACGAUUUGCACUCUUUACAUUCACCUGUUUAAUAGUUUGCUUCGUUGCUCAAAGUAUUGGUCUUCUUAUUGGAUCUCUUUUUAGUGUUAAGAAUGGUGCAAUAUUCGGACCCUUUUUCAUCUGUCCGUUCCUGAUAUUUUCGGGAUUUUUUAUCCACCUGACAGACGCCCACCCCAUAAUGCAUUGGCUGUUCCACAUAUCCUUUCUCAAAUACGCCCUGGAGGGAACAUCCUUGGCACUUUUUGGAUUCAACAGACCCAAAAUGGAAUGUGAAAAGAUAUUUUGCCAAUUUGUUUUGCCGGAAAAAUUCAUGAAAACCGUUAACAUGAACGAGGCAAAUUAUUGGUUUAUUCUUGCAGCAAUGGUGACAAUAUUUCUAUUUUUUCGUGUUACUACAUACUAUGUGAUGCUAUAUAGAUUGAGAAAUAAGAGUUAGGCUCAAUUAUUUUUUUUAAAAUUUUUAAAUGAAGGAUUUUUUUUUGUUUACAUUCCACCAAGGGAAAGUUCUUUUCGAAAAUUUACAUAUCAUUAAGUUCUAGAGUGCAAUGUAGUAAAUGGCUCAAAGUCACAAUAAGGAUCUUUUCCAAUUGCCAGAUAGACUAAGAAAAAAAUGUUAAAUUGAAUAUCUGACUGUUUUGAAGUUACAAAUUGGCUUUAAUAUGUAUGACAAGUCGUGGUAUAAAUGGUAAAUAUAUAUUUAGGUGAAAAUACAAA